UUCUGGAUUCCACUGCACUCAGACAGCCUAGCGUCACAGCGCAGAGAUCAGUUCAGUUUGCACAAAUUCUGUCCUAACACAGCGCAAACACACCGAGUUGCGCGCAGCGGGAAUGGAGGAGCCCAGAGGCAUCCUGAUUAAAGGGGGCAAAGUUGUGAACGAGGACUGCUCCGUCAUCAGCGACGUCUAUAUUGAAAAUGGGAAAAUAGUUGAAGUUGGACUGAAUCUUCAGCUCCCAAAGGGAGCGCGAGUUAUUGAUGCCACCGACAAAAUGGUGAUCCCGGGUGGCAUCGACACGCACACGCACAUGGAGCUAGCGUUCAUGGGAACAAAGGCUGUGGAUGACUUCCAUAUCGGAACCAAAGCUGCUUUAGCAGGAGGGACCACAAUGAUCCUGGAUUUUGUCAUCCCCCAAAAGGGCAAGUCUCUCCUCGAGGCGUAUGACUGUUGGCGUGAGACAGCUGAUCCCAAAGUUUGCUGCGACUACUCUCUGCACGUCGCUGUCACAUGGUGGAGUGACAAGGUCCAGAAAGAGAUGGAGACUCUGGCCAAAGAGAAAGGAGUAAAUUCCUUCAAGAUGUUCAUGGCCUAUAAAGAUGUCUUUAUGCUGCAGGAUUCUGAGCUAUAUGCUGCCUUUGCGCAGUGCAAGAAGGUCGGAGCUAUAGCUCAGGUUCAUGCUGAGAAUGGAGAUUUGAUUGCAGAGGGGGCUAAGAAGAUGCUGUCCAUGGGCAUCACAGGACCAGAGGGCCAUGAACUGUGUCGGCCAGAGGAGGUGGAGGCCGAAGCCACCCAGCGAGCUAUCACCAUUGCCCAUGCUGUCAACUGCCCGCUCUAUGUAGUUCAUGUGAUGAGUAAAUCUGCCGCCAAGGUUGUGUCUAAUGCACGCAGAGAUGGGCGUGUGGUGUUUGGGGAGCCAAUUGCCGCUGGGUUGGGCACUGAUGGUACCCACUACUGGCACCAAGAUUGGGCCCACGCUGCUGGCUUUGUCAUGGGUCCUCCCCUUAGACCUGACCCCAGCACACCUGGGUACCUCAUGGACUUACUUGCUAAUGAUGAUUUAAGUGUGACUGGGACGGACAACUGCACCUUCUCUGUGUGCCAGAAAGCCCUGGGCAAAGACGACUUCACCAAGAUCCCAAAUGGCGUCAACGGUGUCGAGGACAGAAUGUCUGUCAUCUGGGAGAAAGGAGUGCAUAGCGGCAAAAUGGACGAGAAUCGAUUCGUGGCUGUCACCAGCAGCAACGCAGCAAAAAUCUUUAACUUGUACCCGCAGAAAGGCCGAAUCACCAAGAACUCGGAUGCUGAUGUGGUUAUAUGGGACCCAAAGAUGACCAGGAAAAUAUCAGCCAAGACUCACCACCAGGCUGUGGACUACAACAUCUUUGAGGGCAUGGAGUGUCAUGGUGUACCUGUCAUCACCAUCUCCAGAGGCAAAGUGGUCUAUGAGGAUGGGCGGCUAAAGGUGUCACCAGGGCACGGCCAGUUCAUCCACAGAAAGCCAUUUUCUGAGUUUGUUUACAAAAGAAUCAACCAGCGGGAGCAGGUGGGGAAACCUACAGCUGUGAUCAGAAAGCUCUAUGAAGGCAAAGUCAUUUCUGUGUGAACAUAAAGGGCACUUUGAAUCUCCAGCUGUGUCUCCAGUACAAUCCAGAAGCUACCAAACAAUGAGUGUCUUCUCACAGAUAACCUUCAUCUGAGUGUUUUUUUACAUUUUAAACAUCUGACAGUUAUAUUGUGUUGAAUUUGUGCAAGUCAUGCUGUCAUUUAAAAGAACUGUGUGCAAUACUGGGGAUCAAGACCUGGGUCAAUGUUCUACUGGAGGAUGACCCUGUGUUGCAUACAGCUGUAUUUGCAGUCCGCUCUGCUCAGUACACAGGUCAAUAAAACCAACUCUGCUGCUGGAAAUUAUACUUUUUCUCUUCUUAUGUAAUAAAGCAACUCACCAUAAGAAAUGAAAAUAGGUUUUAUGCACGAGUUUGUGGUGAAGAAAGGGCUCAAACUAUUAAUUAUACUCUAAAAUAAUACUAAGUCAGCAUUUAUAGUUGUGUGUAAAUGUGCCUGAGUCUUCUUCUUGCUUUCACAUUUUUUACCCCCAUUUUUCUAAAUGCGUGUUGCCAUUGGUAACAGAACUGUCUCUCACCCAAUAGCAUCCUUCCCUUUGAUGAAAUAUUCAUUAAAACACACUGACAUGCGUUGCAGUAUUAAGAUUUACUCUGCUGACCCAGACUGACUCUGUGCUUACAUAUUCAGCAGCCUCUCACAUCAUUAUACACUCCAUCUAUGCCCAUGUAUGGACUGUAUUCAUCCCGUCCCGUGGUAAAAAAAAAAAGGUCUGCGGCUGUCAUCAAGCAUCAUGUGGCAACUUCCCAUUGGGCCUGGCAUGCUGGCGUGGUAUUAUGCCACAGGGCCAGUUGAGACAUAGUGUGAGCUUAUCAGGUUGCCACACGGGUCAGUGGUAGCGUGUGAGUCACAGAAUGCCUACUCAUCCUUAAGCUAGAACACUUCCUUCCUUUUUUCUCAAACUGUGUGAAGGAUGGUUGGGGGCUGGCGGGGUAUUGUACAGUGAAUAGUGAGUCUAUUUAAAAUGAUGCCCUGGCUCCAUUUAAACACACAAACCUAUCGAUUAUAAUUUGAGUUCUCGGGUUUUCAGCAUUGAUUGAGCUCAUUAAUUUUAGUGAUCACAGUAUUUUUAAGAGUAGACCACAUUUAAAAGUGUAUUGUUCUAUUUUUUUUACAUUAGGCUUUGCCAACCAUGGUGAUACCAAUCACAGGCACCACAUGCAGUGUUGGUAAUUGUAGUAAUGAAAAUGUGGAAGCACUGAAGACAUUUAAGAGCAAAAUUUAAAUCCAGUAAUAAUGAAUGGAAACACUUCAUGUGAAGAGUUUUUGUCACUGAUUCUAUUGCAAGUGAUUUUGUGAAAUCAUAAACUUUUUUUUUUGGAAGAUUUUUUUUGUUUUUAUUUGGCUCCAGUUGGGAAAUUCAUACUGUUAAUUUUACACAAUCACUGCAGGGCAGCCCUGCCACAGGCUGACAACCAUGCCAAGGUGGACCCCAACUCUCACCCUAUGACAUCUGGGAUAUGCUCCAGCAUCCCCCACCUGCCUGAAUUGGAUAAGCAUAAAAAAAGAGAUAGAUGGACAGUUACAAAUUCAAAAAAAAUUAUAGAAAUUUUUAAAAAUUUUCUUUAGUCUUUAGUUUCUGAACUGAAAGGUACACCUGUUCAACCUGCAGUUCACCAGGUGUACUUAAUCUGAAUGUAUUUUUAAUGUAAUUUUGCAGGAUCAAAAUUUGGUAUCAACAACAUGAAAGCAUGGAUCCAUCCUGCCUUUUAUCAGUGGUUCAGGUGCAAUAGAGUGAGAAAUAUUUUCUGAGUGUACUUUGGGCCACUUAGUAAAUCCCACAGCCUAUGUGAGUAUUGUUGUGACCUUCUGAUGCAAAUAA